AUGGUGAACUAUGGAGGGGAUGAAGUGUCUGCUCUAGUGGUCGACAUUGGGACCUCGUCCUUACGGGCAGGCUAUGCCGGAGACGACACACCAAAAGCGAUUAUACCCACCACCUAUGGCUACAUAGAAGAAUUAGACACGCCAGCAGAAAACGGGGAUGGCGAUGUGUCGAUGUCAGACGCAGGAGCUAACGCGGAAUCCGAGGCCGCGGAUCCCAGGACAAAGGUAAAGCUCUAUAUUGGCGCAAACGGUCCCUCGUUGUGGCGAGAGAACAUGAAGGUGGAGAAUCCGGUGAAGAAUGGACUCAUUCAGAAUUUCGAUGCCAUCCCCCCACUAAUAUCUCAUGCGCUUGAAGAAGUGAUGCGCUGCAACCCGUCAGAACAUCCCGUUCUCGUCACGGAACCUGCUUGGAAUACACCCGCAAACAGGGAGCGUAUGGCAGAAAUCAUGUUUGAACAUUUCAACGUGCCUGCAUUUUACAUCUCAAACACCAGUGUGCUUAAUGCCUUCGCAGCAGGCAAGGGCUCUGCGUACGUAGUUGAUGUCGGGCAAUCAACUGCUAGCGUUACCCCUGUGAUUGACGGCUUCGUCAUGAGACGAGGCCUUAUGCAUUCUCCGCUACCACAACUUGUUCACGCUCAUGCUAGACAUACGCUCAUUGCCCCAAGUGGCAGGCGCCCGGGCAUUCAGCUGCACCCGCAUCAAUUGAUUGCAAGCAGGCAGCCGGUGGAACCCGGCGCCCCUCCUAAAUUUGAGCUGCGGCAGAACAGCCUUGCUGGCACGACAGAAAGCUGGAGGACAUGGGCAGAGGCGCAUGAGGUGGAUGAAUGGAUACAGAGCGUAUCGGGAAUCCUGGACCAGGGUUGGAACGAACAACUGGCAACUCAAAGGGGGCCAAGACACUACGAGUUUGCAACAGGAUACAGCAAUUACUUCAACGGGGUCGAGCGAUACAUGGUUGGCGAACAGUUCUUCUCGCACAGUCCCACCCUGAUCGCGUCCAACCCGAAUCUCCCUAAAACAAUCCCUGCACUCAUCAGCAUGUCGCUUAACGCGUGCGAUGCGGAGAUCCGACAAGUCCUCAUGGGCAACAUUGUGCUGACCGGAGGGGGCAGUCUGUUCUCCGGUUUCGCUGACCGACUGCAGACUGAACUAGCGAGGAAUUACCCUCAUGCGAAAAUUCACGCACCGGGCAACCCAACCGAACGGCGAUAUGGUGGCUGGCUGGGCGGAAGCAUCCUUGGGAGCCUGGGCACAUUCCAUCAACUAUGGAUUAGUCGAGAAGAAUGGCAGGAGCACGGAAAAGCAAUUGUUGGACAGCGGUGUAAGUAA